AUGCGGGUGGCGGCCCAGGCCGGGGUUACCAAGGCCAAUGCUGCCGCCAUGACACAGAAUAGCAAAGCAUAUCUUCUCCUCAGCUUAACAGCAUGUUUUGCGGGCUUCGCGACCGCAAGCGCUGCCGCCCGGCCUCGAGGUGUUGGACCAGAGUUUGCUAAGUUUUACAAGGAUCCUACGACCUUUACGUGUAUAUCCAACCCUUCUAUCAAAAUUCCAUUCUCUGCCGUGAACGACGACUACUGCGAUUGCCCCGAUGGUAGUGACGAACCCGGUACUUCAGCUUGCUCAUUUAUAUCAGAGCUUUCGCCGUCUAUUUCGUACGACAACGGGGACCAAGCAAUUAAUCGCACGCCAGCUCUUCCCGGUUUUUAUUGCAAAAAUAAAGGCCAUAGGCCUUCAUAUGUUCCUUUCCAGCGCGUGAACGACGGUGUUUGCGAUCAUGACAGUUGCUGCGAUGGUAGCGAUGAAUGGGCCCAUCAUGGAGGUGUGAAAUGCGAAAACAGAUGUCAGGAGAUCGGCAACGAAUGGAGAAAAAGCGAGGAAACCAAGCAGAAAUCACUCAAUGCAGCAAUGAGGAAGCGCAAAGAGCUUGUUACCACUGCGUCUCGGCUAAGAAAGGAAGUUGAAGAUAGAAUCCUUGACUUGGAAGUUGAGUUCCAGGCUGCAGAGGUCAAAAUUAAGGAUAUGCAAAAGGAGCUCGAUGAGGUCCGCGCCAGAGAUUUUGGGAAGGUUGUGAAGGGGAAGAAAGGAGGAAAGGUCAACGUGCUUGCUGGACUUGCAAAAGGCCGAGUGGACGAGCUACGAAAUUCCCUGAUAGACGUGCGGCUACAAAAGGAACAAGCCCAAAACAGACUCGCUGAGUUGGAAGGGUUGCUCAUCAAGUUUAAGGAAGAGUACAAUCCGAACUUCAACGACGAAGGUGUUAAGCGGGCCGUGCGGAGCUGGGAAGAGUACGUUGCAAAAGGUCACGAGGCUGUUAGUGGAGAGACGUAUUCGGAUCUUGACGAAAUCACCAAGCCUGACGGCCCCGAUUCAGGAAUUGACUGGGAAAAAUGGGAGAAUGAACAGGACGAGUCUGAACUUUCUUUCGUUUACAAAGUGGCUGCUUACCUGCCACCUUCCUUGAUUAUCUACGUUGAAGAUAAGCUUAAGAAUUUCAGAUCCUUGCUUAUCGCUAAUGGCAUUUUGGCGGAGCAAAACAGCGAAGGCGAUGAGUCCAAGGCGGUAAGGGAUGCUCGUGAUCGAUUGAGUAGUGCAGAGUCCUCACUGGAAAGCCUACGAAACUCUCUAAGAGAGCACAAAGAAGACCUCGAAAAGGACUUCGGCCAGGAUUCUGUCUUCCGUGCGCUCAAGGGCUCUUGCAUAUCAAAGGACUCUGGCGAGUACACCUACGAACUCUGCUGGAUGCAAACGACCACGCAGAGAUCUAAAAAGGGCCGCGGAGAUACAAUCAUGGGCAACUUCAACAAAUUUUCCACCGUGACGACAGAUGAGGUGACCUCGUCCGGGCAGGUUAUCCCUCGGGAAAAGAUGGCGCUGGAGUUCACCAAUGGCCAGACGUGCUGGAAUGGACCAGCGCGGUCAACUAAAGUCAUCUUGGACUGCGGUGAGAAUGACGAGAUUCUCAAGAUUACCGAAGACGAGAAAUGCGUGUAUUCGAUGUAUGUGACGACGUCAGCAGCGUGUGAGUUGUCGUCCUCAUCGGGCGGGCAAGACACGGUGAACAGCGGAAAGGAUGAGCUAUGA